UAUACCUGAGUGCUUCUCUCUCCUACAGGCACUGUCGACAAGCACUCAGUGGAAGUGACCAAUUGCUUUUCAGUGCCUCACAAUGAGUCUGAAGAUGAGGUGGCCGUGGACAUGGAAUUUGCAAAGAACAUGUAUGAAUUACACAAGAAAGUGUCUCCAAAUGAGCUCAUCCUGGGCUGGUACGCUACAGGCCAUGACAUCACUGAGCACUCGGUGCUGAUCCAUGAAUACUACAGCCGAGAGGCCCCCAACCCCAUUCACCUCACUGUGGACACCAGCCUCCAGAACGGCCGCAUGAGCAUCAAGGCCUAUAUCAGCACUUUAAUGGGUGUCCCUGGGAGGACCAUGGGGGUGAUGUUCACACCUCUGACCGUGAGGUAUGCGUAUUACGACACUGAACGCAUCGGAGUUGAUCUAAUUAUGAAGACCUGCUUUAGCUCCAACCGGGUGAUCGGGCUCUCAAGUGACUUGCAGCAAGUCGGAGGGGCGUCAGCCCGCAUCCAGGAUGCCCUAAGCACGGUGUUGCAGUAUGCAGAGGACGUGCUGUCUGGAAAGGUGUCAGCUGACAACACCGUGGGCCGCUUCUUGAUGAGCCUGGUUAACCAAGUACCCAAAAUCGUUCCCGAUGACUUCGAGACCAUGCUCAACAGCAACAUCAACGACCUGCUGAUGGUGACCUACCUGGCCAACCUUACGCAGUCACAGAUAGCCCUCAACGAGAAACUUGUCAACCUGUGAAUGAGUCCCAGGAAGCACUCCUGCACUGGGCCCCCCGCUGGUGGAGAAGUGGUAUUUGUGUGUGUGUGUGGUCUUGAGUCACACUGAAUAAACAGAGUCUACUGCCUUUUAUAUACCA